AUGGUUUAUGCUUUUGUAGAUUGUAAAAUCUUUCUCUUGUCUGGCAGGGGAACUAAAUAUUCUGAGAACACCUCUCACGUCUUGGCAAAGAAGAGGAGCUCUCAUGCCGGAAGUGUAAGUGGGGUUGAACGUGCUGGGAAGGGAACUAAAGAGUAUGAGGACAUCUUGGGAAAGAAAAAGACUUCUCAUGUCUUGGCAAAGAAGACUUCAGAACUGUAUGAGAAUGUGUAA